AUGGCGACUCCCGCCGCAACCACCCAGUCAGUUAUCCGCGCCGUUGACGUUGGUGUCUACUACGGCGCCAAUCAGGUCAUUGAGAGCGUAAAUCUGGAUAUCGCGGAAAACGAAAUCACCGCUAUCAUCGGACCCAGUGGCGCCGGCAAAAGCACGUUGCUGCGCUGCAUCAACCGCAUGAAUGACCUGAUUGAUUCCUUCCGCAUGGAAGGCAAGAUCUGGUUCAAUGAAUUUGACCUCUAUGCCCCCGGUUCCGACCCGACACAAAUUCGUUACCAGAUUGGUAUGGUGUUCCAGCGUCCCAACCCGUUCCCCAAGUCAAUCUACGACAACGUGGCCUUUGGGCCGCGCAUUAACGGCUACUCCGGCAAUCUGAAUGACAUUGUUGAAGAAUCCCUGCACAGCGCCGCGCUUUGGGAUGAAGUCAAAGAUCGACUCAAGGAAUCGGCUCUCGCCCUCUCCGGCGGCCAACAGCAACGCCUGUGCAUCGCCCGGGCGAUGGCGGUCUCGCCCAGCGUUAUCCUGAUGGACGAACCCUGUUCAGCGCUUGACCCAAUUGCUACACUGGCAAUCGAACAGCUCAUGCAGGAACUCAAAAAGCGUUACAGCAUCAUCAUCGUCACCCACAAUAUGCAACAGGCUGGUCGCGUUUCGGACAAAACCGCUUUCCUGAUGCCUGACGAGAAUCGUGUGGCGCACCUGAUAGAAUUCGACGAAACCGCCCGCAUGUUCACCAAUCCCAGCGACGAACGUACUGAGGCAUAUAUCACCGGCAGAUUUGGAUAA